AUGGCACCUUCGCUCGAGGAGCCAACGGCUGCCUUCGAGGCGCCAUCGAAAAUGGCACCGAAACUGGUCGCCCCCGAGCCAGAGCAUUGUCCUGGACCCGAGUCUGAACAGGCAGGUAAAGGGGAUGCCUGCGCUGGUUGCCCCAACCAAUCCGUUUGUGCAUCUGCUCCCAAAGGCCCCGAUCCCGAUAUCCCCAUCAUCACCGAACGACUUUCGCAAAUACGACACAAAAUCCUAGUGCUCUCCGGUAAAGGCGGUGUCGGCAAGUCGACUUUCACCUCACUACUUUCCCACGCAUUCGCUGCCAAUCCUGAAUCGACUGUGGGCGUUAUGGAUACGGACAUUUGCGGGCCAUCGAUACCAAAAAUGAUGGGUGUGGAGGCAGAGACAAUCCACGUUAGCAAUGCAGGCUGGAGUCCGGUGUGGGUGACGGAUAACCUUGCCGCGAUGAGCGUGCAAUUCAUGCUACCCAACCGGGAUGAUGCAGUUAUCUGGAGGGGCCCCAAGAAGAACGGACUUAUCAAACAAUUUCUGAAGGAUGUGGACUGGGGCGAGAUGGACUACCUGGUCAUUGACACCCCUCCAGGGACUUCGGACGAGCACCUCUCCGUCAACUCGCUCCUCAAAGAAUCUGGAGUGGAUGGCGCAGUCGUUGUCACCACCCCGCAGGAGGUUUCGUUGCUAGACGUUCGGAAGGAGAUUGACUUCUGCCGCAAGGCAGGUAUUCGAAUCUUGGGAUUAGUCGAGAACAUGUCGGGUUUCGUGUGCCAAUCGUGCAACACGAAGACCCAAAUCUUCCGGGCUACGACAGGCGGUGGAAAGCGCCUUGCCAAGAAGAUGGGCAUUCCUUUCCUAGGCGCGGUACCUCUUGAUCCGAGAGUGGGAAUGGCAUGUGACUAUGGGGAGAGCUUCGUGGAUCAUUACCCGGACAGUCCAGCAUCGAAAGCGAUCAAGCAAGUUGUACGCUCGGUUGCUCAGAUGAUCGGCGAGGAUCCCAAUGACGUGCUGCCGGAGGAUGUGGCAGAGUGA